AUAUUUGCUUGUUCUCAAUGUCCAAAAAUAUUUGCAACAAGAUCUAACUUAAAACGUCAUAUGGAAAACCCAAAUAUUCAUAAUAUACCUUAUGUUCGAAGCAGAGACCAAAAGAGAUGGAAAGGUCAUUCAAAGAAAAUAUCUUCCAGGCAAGAAACAACGGAAAGAAUGCGUAAAUGGAGAGCAGAAAAUAGAGAUAAAAAUAAAAGAAAUGAUUUACGUUGUAGAGUGUAUAGAUUAGCUAGACAAAAAUUUGGAAUAGAAGACUCUGAAGAAAAACAAAAAUUUAUUCAUUAUGAAAUCAAUAGAAGACUCGGACGUCGUCUGUUACUUGAACAAAAGAAUAAUAUUCAACAACAGCAAGAAGAAAUGAAUAAAAAGAAAGAUAGAUUAGAUGAAUUGCCUUUCUAUUGUGCGCCUUUACAUAAAAUAGAAUUGCCUUCAAUA